AUGGGCACGCAACCUAGAGCCAGACUGCAGGGGCCUGGAGCAGGACGCCUGGCGGAACCCAGGCAACAGCAGCUGGGGCUGGGGCAGCGUGCACGUACACCUAACACACCUACCACACCGACACAAGAAGCCGCAAAAAUACACGACAAAAACCCCUCCAAAAGCAACAUCGCUCUGGAUGGGGACCCCCCCGCAAAUGAAGACCAGAUAUCGCAAACCAACUUAGAAACCGGGGGCUGUCACUCCAAACCAAACGAGCUAGAGCCCAAAGAAGAAGGAUCCAAGAGUGAGGGACGGCUCGAGCCGGAGGAAAACUUCGGCGAGAACCACUCAUUUACACACUCUGAAGCGGAAGAUUUAACAUACGAAAGCACCCAAAAUAACACGGAAAAAGAGCCAGACAUAAGUAAGGAGUCAGAGGAAUGGCAAGUAGACACACAGGACUCCAAAAAACGACUAAAUAGCGUUAUGAUAGGAUCAACAGAAGUAAAAUACGGACAAAAUACAAUAGCGGUAAGAUCGAGCUCACCGCUACAGGACGGGGAGGGAUUUAUGUCUGUAGAGGCAAGCGGAUACAUGAAAAAGAUAGUAUCAAUAGCGGCAGAUAUAGUCACUAAAAAACCCCAACCAACAACACAGGACGCACCAACUAACUCCAAAACCAUAGCAACAUCACCUUACGAGGGAAACAGCAGCCCGGCUAUGGACAGAUUAUCCUUUGGCCAAGGGGGCAUUGCAGAUGCACCACGAGAAGCUAUGAUAGCUCUGGAGGAGGCCAAAGAAGCACUGGAGAGUCGAGCUGCUGGAAACCUAAAGAAAGAGGUAAGACAGAUGGUCGUGGACCGUCUCUACAAGAUACAAGGCCUUGUAUUCAAAGUCUCGGAAUCAAGACAUAGAUUGGGAGCGGAGUUAGAAAGAGAAAAGGCCCUCAGAGCAAGGGAAGUGGCCAGACUCCAACGAAUACACGCCGAGGAACUGAAAAAGAUAACUGAGCAAUACCACACCCUGAAGGAAGACAUAACAAACAUCAGAGAGGAGUCGGACUCGACGAGGAAAGUAAUAGAACACGACGUAGUUCGUCCGCUAGACUUGCUGGCAAAAGAACAGGUGACAACUAUUAAGGAGUUCCUGACAGCCUCUAAGAGAGAAACCGGCACUCCGUCAGAAACAGGGCCAACUCAUAUGAACGAAGAGAUGAGAGAACUGAAUAGAGAGGUCAAGGAACUAAGGAGGGUAAUAGCAGAUAGCGCACCCAUGGCAGCUGAGAGGCUCGCUAGGGAAGUCACAUCUCUAAGGGAAAUACUACAAAGUCAAGCCAAUGAGCAACCAAAAAUCUCCCAGAUACUAGAAGAAAUAAAGGAGAUAAAGUUGACAGGAGAGAGCAAUAAACAGAUUCUAGUCCCUGAGAUGAAGAGCCUCAAGGAGAUGAUCGCGCACACAAGAAGCGAAGCCCCAAGAAAUACCGAACCAAACUCCCAGGUAACACCAAGCCUAGACCUGAUACUCCGCACGGAAGUUAGGGAACCUAUACGCGAGCUUAGGGAAGAGGUAGGUACACUACGCAGUUCUGCCCCCUUUAUGGAAAUCCGCGAACAACUCCGGAGCCUGAAGGAGGCGACAGAAGAAGCCCAAAUCCUGGGGGGAGCCAAUAAAACCCCCCCCCAGGAUCAGGAACACAAAAACAAACUCUUGGAAGAAAUAGAAGGUCUACGACAUGAGAUAGCGUCGUACAGCAUGACAAAGAUGUCGGACCAAAAGCUGCCGACAGACGAGGAAGACGAGAGUAAUGAUCCCUGGACGAAGGCAGAAUCGAGGAAGAAGGCCAGGAAGGAAAAAAGGAGGAGAACGAAUAAGGAAAGCUCGCACAGCCCUCCACCCAAGCCUAAGUUUCCGCUGACUAUCGAGUCAAAAGAUCCCAAAGACACUAGCACCACGGUCAUAGACAGGGUUAAAGAUAGCGUAGAUGUCUCGGUGCUGGGGAUAGGGGUGGAAUACUUCAGAGGCAUAAAGAAGCAGAAAGCGGCCAUAGGGUUAACUAGCGAGGCGGACCGCGAAGCGCUGAAGGCUGCCAUCACUGAAAAAUGCCCAGACCUCAAAACCAUCACGACUGAACUCAGGAAACCCCUCCUACGACUAGUGGGAGUAGUCAAAGGCCUCGCAGACGACCAAAUACCAGGGGCCAUUGUCAGACAAAAUUCAGCACUCCUAGGCGAUAAAGAGAGGGCAGAAACGCGAAUGCGUGUACUGAGGAGGACGCGAUCAAGGAAACCGGAGGUCUCAAACAUUAUAAUUGAGGUCGACACUGAUAUCUGGACAUGUCUAAAGGACAGGAAGGUGAGGCUGGGAUACCAGGUCGUGCCGGCGUAUGACCAAUCGCCAGUCAUACAAUGCUACGCCUGCCUCCGUUUUGGGCACUUUGCGAGGGACUGUACGCACCCACAGGCCUGCGGCUACUGUGCGGGACAGCACGACACAAAGGAGUGCCAGAGAAGGGAGGAGCCCCCUAAAUGCGUGAACUGCGGAAAGCAGGGCAGGAAACCAGAGGAACCAGAACACCCGGCCUACAGCUCUGAAUGCCCUGAGUGGAGGAAGUGGGAUCGAUUGGCGAGAUCCCAAGUCAGGUAUUGCUGA